UCCAACCAAGAGCAAACACAAGACACAAGUGACAGCCACGGCACAAUCAUCAGGUCCUCCACCAUGUCUCUCACGGUCUAGUUCGUUCGUUCUCGCCAACGCGAUGGCGACGCCGGCCCGCCGGCCGUCGGCGCAGCAGCAGCCGCAGCCGCAGCCGCUGACGGUGGACUUCGAGGCGCUGAGCUACAUCAGCAGGCUCGUGGAGGCGUUCCAGGCGUUCGACUCCGACAACGACGGCCUCGUCACGGCCCCCGAGCUCCGUGGCCUGCUGGCCUCCCUGGGCCUGGACAAGUCGGAGGCCGAGGCGCGGGACAUGCUGGCGCGCGCCGACGCCGACCGUGACGGCCGGCUCUGCGUGGAGGAGUUCCUGGACGUGAUGAACGCCGGCGAGCUCGGGCUGGGCGCGCUCGGCGCGCUGCUGCAGGCCGCCGUCCCGGCGCUGGAGUCCUUCGCGGGGCCCGAUGGCGCGCUGGGCGCCGACGAGCUCGCCAGGGUGCUGGGGCUCAUGGGCACCGCCAGCGCCGAGGACUGCGCGGAGAUCAUCGCGUGCAUGGACGGGGACGGCGACGGCGCCAUCAGCGUCGAGGAAUUCAAGCUCAUGGCUGACCUGCUCUAGGCUCCAUCUACUUACGUAGUAUUGAGCUAGCUAGAGGGCGUGCAUAUAUGCAGUUAUGUAUUGUGAUAUCGAUUAAUAAGCAUGAGCACGACAGGGGAGUUGUGGACUACUGCAUCGGGAUGGAUACAUGCAAGUUUGUCUUCUCUAAUAAAUUACAGAUUCCUCUCGGCAGA